AUGAACCAGAUCCCCAUCAUACUGUGCGGCAAAGCUUCUCCUGUUGCCACUGGCGUAAAGGAAACCAUCAGACCAGCAUAUGAAGUAAUUCAUAUUGUUCUAUCCGUGGAGACAGGGGUUGAAGACAUCCCACCUCUUCUACAAGGAGAUCUUCCACCAUCCAGGGAAUUGGCGGAUCCGGGAAUUCAAGAGUAUGAGCGCAAAGUCGCAGCAGUCGUGGUGGGAGGUGGAUAUAAUGACACAGACUUCGAACAGCUACGGAAGUCUUGUCUUGGGAAAAGCGGCAUACCGUGGUUACGUCACGAUAUAAACUUGGAUACUGCGCCUAGGCCCAAGAUCGGGUUUGAAUAUGGCGAGCAGAUAGGCAAAAAGGUGGUACAGUGCUUGCAGGAGUUGGCGCAGCAGGAACAGGAAGUUCAGAGACUCGGCACGGAGCGCGCUUCUUAUGUUGUGGCGAACACUGAAGCUAACUCGACGUUCGACCAAAACCCGCAGACCAGUCUCACUUCUGCUUCAACAUCACUUUCCAAGGCAUCUAUAAGCCUCGGAGCAGAUUCUGAAGAGGGAAGCGACCAAAUUUACGAGGGUUCAAAAUCAUCGGUAGCGACGGAAAAUACCUCGGAAAAUGCACUGGGACAAGAGUUUGGCCGACUGGUCGUUGAUAGAAAAACCGGUACGAGUCGCUAUGUUAAUCACCGGGUUCUGACCGAUCUGGGAGAUCAGAUCAAGGAGCUCCGCGACGUGUUUGAAUCUCCAUCAUCACCGGCAUCAUCGUCAGAUGAGGAUGCCCUAGCUUCUGGUUCGGCUGCAGCGUACUCGGAAACCCAUAGCCCUUUUAUAUUUGGCUAUCACUCCUUGGUUAAUUCACUACACGACUACCACCCCCUUUCAACUACAAGCCAUAUACUUUUGGAUGUGUUUGAAGAAAACGUCGCACCAAUAGUUAUGAUUAUUCACAAGUCAGCCUUGAGAGCUCUUAUUCAAAUUGCAUCUACAAGUCCUGCUGAGCUUGAUCGGGGCUCUGAGGCAUUAAUGUUCUCGGUGUACUUUGCUGCAGUAUCGAGUAUGACGCCAAAACAAUGUCUCGCCCGAUUAGGAGAAGAUCACGCUGUCAUGGUUAAACGAUACCGUUUUGCGGUGGAGCAGGCAUUAGCACGCGCAGGCUUUUUGCACACUCACAAAUUGCUUGUAUUACAAGCGGCCGUAUUGUUCUUGACCUGCGCCUGUCACCCGAAAGACUCUCAUUUUGUCUGGACGAUGAUAGCCGUAGUUACGCGGCUCGCCCUUGGGCUAGGACUGCACCGCGACGGGAGCAAUUUCAGUCUUAGCCCCUAUGAAACAGAGAUUCGGCGUCGAGUCUGGUGGUACAUCUAUCUAUUAGAUGUUCAAUCUUCUGAGUACCAAGCAACGAGCCCUCAGAUUCGAGAGGGCGACUACGACACCCAUUUGCCAUUGAACAUAAAUGAUGACGAUUUGUCGUCUGACCUGACUGAUUUUCCAAUUGAACGAACGGGCUUCACAGAGAUGACGCUCACCCUGGUCCGCUGUGAGAUCCUGAUCUCGCGUCGCAAGUCGAUGCAAAUGACAUGUCAAGGGGUUGAAGGCCUGUACAUCUUGUUCCAAAAUCGCAAUCUUGCUCUAGAAAACUCCAAGCGACUUCUUGACCAGCGAUAUCUCCAAUUUUGUGAUCUCAGCAUCCCAAUACACUGGGUAACAGCGACGAUUGCACGGAUUGCUCUUGCUCAAUUAUGGCUGGUCUCCCAUUUCUCCCUGAUGACCGCCGUAGGAUUUGAUCCCUCAGUCUGGCCUGACCGAUGCGAAGUGCUGAUUUUGACAGCUAUCGAGGUCCUGGAAUUCAUUUAUCUGCUCGAAACGAAUGAAUAUACCACCAAAUGGUCAUGGCUGUUUCAAGGGUACGUGCAAUGGCAAUCGUUUGCUUUCUUGUUGUCGGAACUCUGCGUGCGUCCGGAAUCAUCGCUGUCUGAUCGCGCGUGGGUGGCUGUGAGUCGGAUUUGGGACCGGUGGAAUGAUACAAGUGUUCACAAAGAAGGAUUUCUCAUGCGGCCACUUCGACGUCUGAUGGAACGAGCUUCUGCCGCCCGCACUCAUCACUUGCAUGGGUCAGAAGUGACACCUUCUGUUCGAAUUGACCCAAAUGGAACGCAAAUUGAUGAUUCUCUGAUUGCGGACCAGUCAGAUGAUUUGCUGGAAAGUCUUCCUGCUGUUGAUGUCGCGUCUUUGGACAUAUUCAGGGACGUGGUGACAAAUUUGGGUCUAUAA